AACCAGUAUUGAAAGAAGCAAAUGGUUUUGCCUCUCCAAGUAGGCAACUAUGGCUCCCAAAGAAAGAGAGACAUCAUACUCACUCCAUGACUAUAAAUACUCCUCAAAUCAAUAACUUAUCCAUUCAAUUUGUGUCUGUGAACAAAAAGGCAAAAAAAGAAGAUGGGUUUAAUCAAAGAGAAAGAGAUGGAGAUGCCAGUCAUUGAUUUUAGUGAACUGGAUGGAGAAAACAGAACCAACACUAUGUCACUUCUUGAUCAUGCAUGUGAUAAGUGGGGCUUCUUCAUGGUUGAUAAUCAUGGAAUUGAUAAAGAAUUGAUGGAGAAAGUAAAAAAGCUGAUUAACUCUCAUUAUGAGGAGCAUUUGAAAGAGAAGUUUUACCAGUCAGAGAUGGUCAAGGCUUUGAGUGAAGGCAAAACCUCAGAUGCUGAUUGGGAAAGCACUUUCUUCGUUUGGCAUAAGCCGACUUCAAACAUAUCCAAAGUCCCAAACAUUUCAGAUGAACUCAUCAAGACAAUGGAUGAAUAUGUUUCUCAAUUGCACAAGUUUGCAGAAAGGCUCUCUAAACUCAUGUGUGAAAAUCUUGGUCUCCCUCAAGAACACAUAAUGAAUGCGUUCUCCGGUCUAGAAGGUCCAGUUUUUGGGACAAAAGUGGCUAAAUACCCAGAAUGUCCUCGUCCAGAGCUCAUUAGAGGGCUGAGAGAACAUACUGAUGCUGGAGGAAUCAUAUUGCUCUUGCAGGAUGAUCAAGUGCCUGGUCUUGAGUUCUUAAAAGAUGGGAAGUGGAUUCAUAUCCCACCAUCUGAGAACAAUACCAUUUUUGUCAAUACUGGUGAUCAACUCGAGAUAUUGAGUAAUGGAAGGUACAAGAGUGUUGUACACCGUGUAAUGUCGAUGAAGCAGGGAAGUAGACUGUCGAUAGCUACAUUUUACAAUCCAGCUGGUGAUGCUAUAAUAUCUCCAGCUAAAGAGCUAUUGUACCCAAGUGGCUACCGGUUCCAAGACUACCUUAAGCUUUAUUCAACCACUAAGUUUGGAGACAAAGGCUCUAGAUUCCAUACCAUGAAGAAAAUGGAGAAUGGGGAUUCCGUCUAGGAUGCAUCUGAACGUAACGCUUCUGUAUUUCACAUAAAAUUCUAUUUUUAUCAAAACUUUGUCUUCUUCUUGUGUAUCUUUCAUAAAGGAAUAACAAUUAUGUAAGGAUCAUGCUGAUUCGACUAUUAUGCUUUAUUAAACUUUGAAGGUUCUUUUGUACUUUUAAGGAUGUCUUUUUGUAAAAUAUUUUGAAGGAUGUUCUUAAGAUA